AAUGAUAUUUUUGUUUUUCCGAAGUCGUUAUAUCAAUUAGAGACUGAACGGAUAACCCCAGUUCCGCCACCAUCCAUGGCUUCUUCGACUAUGCUCCUUUUGCCUCCUUAUCCAUCCCACUCUCUCUCUUUCUGCUCGCGCACUCCUCUCUUCUCUAUCAAAAGAUUCAAAACCCACCCCAGAACAGCCGGCGGCGGCGGCGGACUCUCGGCCUCGGCCUCAUCUCGUGCUUUACACGCUCUGAUAUUCGACUGUGACGGUGUAAUUCUAGAAUCCGAACACCUCCAUCGUCAAGCAUACAAUGAUGCCUUUACUCAUUUCAAUGUCCGCUGCCCCUCUUCGUCUUCCUCUCAGUCCCUCGUUUGGAGCCCGGAAUUUUAUGAUGUGCUGCAGAAUCAAAUUGGUGGUGGGAAGCCUAAAAUGCGAUGGUAUUUUAAAGAGAAUGGUUGGCCGACUUCGACAGUUUUUGAUGCGGCUCCGGAGACUGAUGAGGAUAGAGCAAAGUUGAUUGACAUUCUUCAGGACUGGAAGACUGAGAGGUACAAAGAAAUAAUCAAAUCUGGAACUGUUGAGCCUAGACCGGGUGUUUUGAGGUUGAUGGACGAGGCAAAGGCAGCCGGUAAAAAGCUAGCUGUUUGCUCUGCUGCAACUAAAAGUUCGGUUAUACUGUGUUUGGAAAAUCUCAUUGGAAUGGAGCGGUUCCAAGGUCUUGAUUGCUUCCUCGCAGGUGAUGAUGUGAAAGAAAAGAAACCCGACCCUUUGAUUUAUAUAACAGCCGCUGAGAGAUUGGGGGUAUCGGAGAAGGAUUGUAUGGUAAUAGAAGACAGCGUCAUCGGACUACAGGCUGCAACCGGAGCAGGAAUGUCAUGUGUGGUUACUUAUACGUCGUCCACGGCUGAGCAGGAUUUUAAAGAGGCAGCAGCAAUCUACCCGGACUUGAGUGAAGUCACAUUAAAAGACUUAGAGCCAUUGCUUCAAAACGUUGUUACCGCCAAUUAAGGAGUCUGUCUAUUCAUGCGAAACUCUCAGCUUGAAUCAUAUAUGAAUCGAGAUAUCUUUACAUGUUUAGUUUGAAUUCUAUGUUUUUGUAUUCAUUGAAUAUAUUGACUAUUCCUGUGAGAUUGACAAACUUUUCUACAAGAUGUAAAAUUAAGGCAGCUCAGGUUCAUUGUUUAUA